AUGUCAAUACAAGUGGGUCAUCGAGUUGUCAUACCUGGAGGAGGCGAAGCGUACGUUAGAUAUGUGGGGAGGGUACGUAAUAAGAGCGGCACGUUUGCUGGUGUUGAACUUAUUGGUGAGAGCGUAAGUAAAGGCAAGAACUCUGGGGAUGUGGAUGGUGUCUUUUAUUUCAAGACUAAAAUUCCCAAAAGCGGUCUGUUUCUACCAUACCACAAGCUUGUCCAAGUGAAUACCUCUCCAUUGAGGCCUGUGUCUCAGGCUUCUGUGUUAAACUCUCCAAACAAAGCUCCUCACGACCUUGAUCAAAGGAUCAGCGAGCUUACCGAACAAAAUCGACUGUACAAGCAGCAGUUACAGGAACGAAAUCGCAUUUUGGAGGAGCUGCAAACAACAGUGGACACAUUUGAGGCCAUUCUGACCGAAAACCAGAAUGAGCUGAAGAUGAAAGACGCGAGAUUUGAAAGAUUCAAGACUAAUACUGAUACUCAGAUCAAGGAACUGAUCGAGGCUGUAGAGACGCUAGAGCAGCAGGCACAAGAAAAUGAGGAAAUAUAUCUACAACGUUUGCGCGAGUUGGAAACGAAAAAAGAGAUACAACCCGAAAAUGGUGACUAUGAGACUCUUAAGAGGAAAUACGAUGAGAUGGACACAAGAUAUCGAACGCUAGAGCAUGAACAGGCAAGUUUGAAACAGGAAAAUGUAGAGGUGCGAAGGGAACGUGACGAGGCAAGGGAGGAGGCUGAUAGGUUGAAACAGGAGAACGCAGAGACGGCCAAAGCUUUGGAAGAUCUGAGGAAAGCUUACGACGAACUGCAGAAGGCCCACGAGGCGCUCAUGGGCGAAAAAUCACAGUUUGUCUCUUCCAACGAUUCGGCCAGGGAAAAGUAUGAAAGGCUUGAGAAUGAGCUUAAUGAGCUGCAAGCCAAGUAUGCUCUUUUGAAAGAGCAGAGCGAGAAAAAACCAAGCACUGUGUCGGAGCCACUCGUCAAAGAUGGAGAGCUGAUUGCCACGCCUGCAGUGCACAACGAUCCUGCGGCAGGCCGGGCAAAAUGGUGCGGGCUAUGCGAGCGCGAGGGCCAUGAGAGUGUCGAGUGUCCCUACGAAAACGUCAUGUUCUAA